GCGGCGCGGAGGCAGCGCGUGCGGCCGGCGCUGGGCGUGGGGCGCGGAGGCGGCUGUCCCGUGGCGCGCCGGGACAUUUUUGUCCCGUGAAGAAUUGGCGCCCGGCGCGGGGGUGUUCCCGGCGCGCGGCUCAGGCGGAGCGUGGGCUCCCGGGGGGUGUGGACCCGAGGCGAGCACGACCCCGUGAGGAGUUAGUAGUUUGUCCCGAGAAAUAUACGAGUAAAUGGGUCCAGUAAUUGGAAUGACUCCGGAUAAGAGAGCUGAGACUCCGGGAGCUGAGAAGGUUGCAGGACUGAGUCAGAUUUACAAAAUGGGAAGUUUGCCCGAAGCUGGGGAUGCAGCUAGGCCAAAGGCCACUCUAGUGGGCAGUGACUCAGCCGAUGACGAACUAACAAACUUGAACUGGCUUCAUGAGAGUAGUAAUCUUCUAACAAACCUCAGGCUUGGAAGUGAAGGCCUUCCAGUGGUUAGUCCGUUGUAUGACAUAGAGGGAGAUGACAUGCCAUCCUUUGGGCCAUCGUGCUACCAGAACCCAGAAAAAAAAUCAGCAACUUCAAAGCCCCCAUACUCCUUUAGUCUUCUCAUUUAUAUGGCUAUUGAACACUCACCAAAUAAAUGUUUGCCUGUCAAAGAAAUUUACAGUUGGAUUCUGGAUCGCUUCCCAUACUUUGCCACUGCACCUACAGGCUGGAAGAAUUCUGUUCGGCAUAAUCUAUCCUUGAAUAAAUGUUUUCAGAAAGUGGAAAGAAGUCAUGGCAAGGUUAAUGGAAAAGGAUCCUUAUGGUGUGUUGAUCCAGAAUAUAAGCCCAAUCUUAUGCAGGCCUUGAAAAAGCAACCGUUUUCCUCUCCACAAAGUGCUUCUUCAUCGCCUCACUACUUCAGCUCUGUUCUGAAGCAGAGUCAAGUGCAAACUCUUAAAGAAUCUGAUAUUGAUGCCGCCACUGCAAUGAUACUUUUAAAUACUUCAAUAGAACAAGAGAUUUUAGAAUGUGAGAAGCCUCUGCCUCUUAAAACACCACUGCAGAAAAAGCGGAGCUACGGCAGCGCGUUCAGUGUCCCCAGUGCUGUGCAGCUUCAGGGGAGCCAAUCUGCAGCCUCCAGCAUUGACCCAAAAGCAGACCAUAAUUACAGUGCCAGCAGCGUGGCAGCCCAGCGUUGCGCAUCCAGGGCUAGCAUGUCUUCCCUUUCUUCUGUAGAUGAGGUAUAUGAAUUCAUCCCGAAGAGUAGCCACGGAGGGAGUGAUGGCAGCGAAGGCUUCCACAGUGAGGAGGAGACAGACGCUGAGGAUGAGGAGGAUCCUCUUGGAGACAGUGGCUAUGCACCACAGCCUCAUGAGGACAGCACUCAGAAGGGACAACCAGGCAAAAAGAUUCCCAAACAGUCAUGUCAAGAGAUUGAUGAGGAGCUCAAAGAAGCCGCUGGGUCACUGCUCCACCUUGCUGGAAUCCGCACCUGCCUUGGUUCCCUAAUAAGUACUGCAAAGGCACAAAGUCAAAAACACCGGAAAAAGUAGAAAUACUUCGAGAGUGAAGGUCUUUUAAAGUGUGGCAAUACUCUUCUACUUAACUUUUUACAAGGGAUAUCAGAGCCAUAUCGGACCUCUUUAGCUUGAGGGUGGGGGAGGGGUGCCACUUGGGGUGCCACUUGUUUCUUUCUAAAUAUUUUUUGGUUACUUUUCUUUUUUUGUUUAAUUAAACAGUUGCUCUUAGGAUCAUGCCUAAUUGUAAAUCUGACAUAAAGGACCCCACAACAUAAUUUCUGUGAAUAAGUGUCUCCCAGAUUUAGAAAAAUUUAUAUAGGAAAAUCUUUAGUCUCUGUCUUAAACUCGUUGGGAAAAAAAAUCUCUUUGUUAAUCAGUAAAAAAUUGGUAACUUGGAUUUUCAUUCUUCUUAUUCUGCUAUUAACUAGUAACUGGCAUCUAUCUCCUGUGCUUCUCUCCUGACACAGUACAAAAGGGUAAACUGGGGAUCCUUUGUCUUACCUUGUUUUCAGCUACUCUUUGUUGCAGUAUGAGUGUGGCCAUCUAUGAAAUGGGAAGAUCCUAGAUGCCUAGAACUCUCUGGUGUGUAGAGAAGGUAACCGUUCUAAGGAUUAGGAAGGCCAUUUGGGGAUGUGGCUCAUCUCAAGACUCUGAUUCCUCCUGCAACAGUCUCUUUGAAAUGUUUUUACCUCACAGUUAAUGCAUAGCAUCACUGGGGCCUUUACCCUUUCCCAGAGUACUCUGCAAAUGUUAAAGUUUUAGCGGCUAGCUGUUUUUGUUAAGUAAAAAUUGUCUGAUGAGAGGAUAUAGGCAGAGUGUGUCAUGAAAUAACAUUCAUCUUGACACAUUUGUACAGAAAGAAUCUUGCAUCUGUUUUCUGAACGUAGUGUAAUGAAGAUACAUUAUGACAUCAUAAGUAAAGGAAGGUCAUUGAGGGCAAAACUUUCCAAGCUUUGUAUAAUUAAAAUUAAAUGUGUAAUGAAUUAGACUUAAAACAUUAUUAAAUGUUCCUAUUAAGGAAAAUAUAAAGAUAAAUAUCUUCAGGGAUUUCAAAAUGCAUAUAAAAAUUGGAUCUUACAUAAAACUUUCUGAGAAGGCGAUGUAAUAGCUGUAUGUGCCAUUAAUCCAUGCUGAAAGAUUUUAUAUUACCACUUCAAAAGUGCAUUGGCUAAGAUAUUUUAAGUAUUUGAACAAAACUGCUUGUAUGAGACAGUUUUUAUAUCACUUAUACUUUGACUAUAGAAUUUAGAACAGUGAUACUAAUACUAUAACUCAUAUAUAUAUAUUUUUUACAGUGGUGAGAGAAACUUUGGGAAAGUUUAGUCUUAUUUCAUGAUACGUCCUGUAUUCUAGACAGCGACUUUUGAAUUUUUCUCAUUUAUAUGCAUAUAUACACUUGCUGUGUGCACACAUACACAGGCUCAGGUUAGUUUCCUGCUUUCAGAUGUUUUUAUGACUAUAAAGCAUUUUCUUGGAGUUUUUUAAAGAGACAAAUGUUUUUAUUUUUACUUCUAAUUUUUUUUUUCUGGGCAAUACUGUCAAAUGAGAAGAAAAACAAAAGCAUGUUUCUUAAUUGACAACACUUAAGCUAUAAUAGUAUUGAUACACUCCUGUUUUCCCUGUUAGUUGUAAUUGAAUCUGGAUAGCUGAAUUAAUGGAAUUGGUGCUACAAAAAAAAAAAAAAUAGACAUUUUUCUUUUAUUGAUAAUGCAGGAUAAGGAAUUUGGGACUUUUUAAAUUCAUAAAUGUUCUCUCUCCAGAAAACAGUUAAAUGAAGUUAGUUUUUACUGCAGACACUGAAUAAAACACCAGACAGAAGUGUGGUCUUAAUCUUACCGCGGUACACGUCUUGAAGAGAUGGUGGAGUUGAGUUGAUAGCACGGAAUUACGAAGCUAAUCAUCACACCCUUCUGGCUGGGCCCUUUACAGGGCACCGCAUGCUGUUCUGAAAGACAUGCUUUUCUGAAAGGCUCCGUCACCAGUAUUUCUCUUGUCUCUGUGCAGUGGGCAAGCCGUUCUGCAAUUGGAAGAAAAUGAUCUCAAGUAUGAGGAAAGAGUUGUCCUCAGCUCCAAGAGAAAGACCUCAUCAGACGUCAUCUUUAGGCAGUAACUUAAAUUCCUUUUUCUCCUUCAAUGGCCUCUUAUUUAAAGCAGCAGCCGUUAGCAAGGAUGAUCUGUGCCUGUGCUGCACUUAAGACUAACAAGCAGAGUUGCCUAACAACUUGCACUUAGUUCUCUUAUAGGAAAAAGUGUCUGACUUUUCAUUUGCUGCUGUGUUCAGGCAUCCAUCUCAAGGGAGAACCUUCCUAAUUUGGUUCCUUAUGUUAUUGGAAAUUAUGCUUCGGUUUGGUGUGCUCAAAUUGAAGCAUGGCUUGGAAGCAACCAGUUGAGGAAAUCUGAAUUUGUUUGUUUGUUUGUUUGUUUUUUGAGACAGGGUUUCUCCAUUCUGAAUUUUAUGAGCUAGAAAUUCCCAGUAAAUAACAAGCUUUGUGUAAUAAACACAGCUUAGAAACCCAGGGACACCAUAAAUGCUUCAAUAAUUUAAAACUGGUUUUAGCUAAGGUAUACUUUGUCUUACAUCAAAAUAAGAACUUUGUUGGAAUCAAUUCCAUUUUCAAUGGGUUCCUAAUAGAAGAUGUGUCUUAGCACUAUUAACUUCAUUUUUCACAUUGCCAAGAGAAUCAGUGUUUCUUGAGUAUGUCUUUGAAAUCUGUUUGUGCAAUAUAUUACUAAAAUAGUUGUUUUUUUGCUUUCAAAUUUAGAAUGAAACAUUGCCUAGAUCAUUAUAAAAGCCUUUUCUGUUCUCAUAGCUUGACUUCUCUUAACUCAGAUUCCUUUGUAUAUUGUAAAGUUUAGCACACGUUCUCACUGCUUUCUGAGGCAUUAUGUAAAGGGUUCAUACUAGAUUGUCAGCUAAGUAUGUGUUAGCAUAGUUCAAAGGUAGAGCAAGUAUUGAGGGAAUGCUUGUGUCUCGUAGACUGGAGGCCUUUUCAGCAGUUUAGGGUGUUGUCUCAGAUGGCAGUACCUUAACGCCCUUUGAGUCUAUAUAAAGCAACUUUUGAGGCUUUCUGGUUUACAUGUAUGUUGUGGGUUUUUUUUUUUUAAUUAUUAUUUUGAAAUGUUUAAGUUUUUAUUAAAGUUUACUCCAGUGUGUUAAUGAUGUAAUCAAAUAUUUAUUGAAAGGCAAAAUAGAAUAUUUUAAUGUUAUCCCUGCCAUUUUUUCAAGAAUAUUCUUUGCAUCUAACUGCCAGUGCCAUUGUCAAACUUGUUUUCAAAAUUGUUGUACUUUUUUAUUAAACAGAGUGCUUAAUUUUAAAGUAUUAUGUUGCCAUCAUAUAGUAUAUAAAAUGUAUAAUUGCCAAUUCAUUGUAACUAUUAUUUAUUUUUAAACUAAAGUAUAAGAAUACCUUUUGAUUAAAGAAAUUUGUUAUUAAAUUGUUUUCUCUUUUCUGAUGUAGCAUAAAAACUUGUGAGUUUAACUGCCAAUAGAUGACCAGCCACAAGUGAACCACUUCUCAGCUGCCAGCCUUGCGUAAUAGCAGAGACAACUUACAAACGUUUAGUUUUUGUAUCUAAUCUGAUUAUUAAAAUGUUUAUAAAGUUUAUUUUUACCAAAGAUACAAUUCAUUAUGAUAAAGUUGCAGAAUAAACGUCAUUUUAUAACAUU